GCGCAUUGACGGAAGUUGAAACCGGCGAAGUGCUUUCUCACCUAACAUAAGCAAAGAAGAUGGAGUUUUUAAUAGGGAUUCAGGGAAAAGGAUUCGUCCUCAUGGCGUCAGAUACGGCAUCAUGUCGUAGUAUAGUAUCCAUGAAGCAAGAUGUUGACAAAAUGUUCAAGCUGAGUGACAAGAUUGUUAUGUCCAUAUGUGGUGAAUCUGGUGACACGGUGCAGUUUGCAGAAUACAUCUCAAAAAAUAUUCAGUUAUAUAAGAUGCGAAAUGGUUAUGAAUUGUCUCCACAUGCUGCAGCUAAUUUCACACGGCGAAAUUUAGCUGAGUACCUACGGAGUCGGUCCAGGUAUACAGUGAACCUGUUGAUGGCUGGGUAUGAUAAGACGGAGGGACCAUCUCUAUACUACAUGGAUUAUCUAGCAUCCAUGAACAAAUGUCCAUUUGCAGCCCAUGGCUAUGGAUCGUUCUUUUCACUCAGUAUCCUAGACAGAUACUACAGGGAAGACCUAUCACAGGACGAGGCAUUAGAGCUCCUGCAGAGAUGUAUAGAUGAGAUAAGAAAGAGAUUCAUCAUAAACCUGCCAGCAUUUAAAGUGCGAGUUGUUAACAAAGACGGUGUCCAGGAACUGCCAAUGUUAAAACCACAACCUGCGGAAAUUUAACAUAGACCAAACCUUGAUAUGGGACAAAGUUCAUUCAUUAUUCAUGCUCGAUCUUAUCCGGUACCUGUAUAUCAGUGACUGAGGUGAGGUAGACAUACUUCAAUAAACCGAGCUCCGAGCCAUCGAUCUCUAAAAAUGGAGCAUGAUCAAUGGUUGCGAUAAUCAUAGAAGAAAGUGUUAAGUGGAGCAUUGUAAGAACAAGUGUUUCGUGUGGAGGACACAUCAGUGUGAUGCUAUGUCAAAGUGCUCUAACAUAAGAUAAAAGAUUUUAUCAAUAAAUGGAUACCAUUCUGUA